AAUCCAAACAUGGGAAGAGGAAAAGAAAAUGAAGGAGAAACACAAAAAUUAUUGCUAUCAUCUGUUGUGCUUCGCGAGGAUAUUGUAAAUCUUCUUGAUUUCAUAGAGAGGUUAAAGAAUGAAGAAGAUCAAAUUGUUCUUGAUACGGAUCAAAUUGAAAACCUGAAAUUGGAGCUGACAUUUUUGUCGGCAUGUUUACAGCUUUGUUAUUACAAUUCGGAUGGUUCUAAAGCCAAAAUGUCUUGCAUAUCAUAUGAGAUUCAUGAUCUAGUUCAGUCACUUUUUCAUCAGAGUGGAGAUGAUAUGCUGGUUAAAUUAAAGGAUCAUGUCGUUCCUUGCCUCCUUGAAAAUAUCAAAACUUCUAUCACCUCAGAUCAUCAUUCUGAAUCAAGCGCCACCAUGACUGAGGAUCAGUUGGUUGAACUUUUGGACGCGCUCCUUGCGAAUCUCCAUUAUCUACCCAAGGUUCGUGCUGAGUUGCUUUGGCCAUCAAUGACUCAAUAUGAGCUUCUUCAGAAUGUAUUUGGCACUUUAAGAGAUUUCCAUGGGCUCAAAGUAAAUGGUUGCAUUGAGCAUGAGGCAAUUGAAUAUGUCUUACCGCAGAUUCAACUUAUGGCUGAGAGAGUAGGACACUUCUGUUUUGCCCUUUUGUCUUAUCAACUUAAGACAGAUGAAAAAGACGAAGAUGAAACAGAUGAAGAAGAUAAAGAUGAAACAGAUGAAGAAGACGAAGAUGAAGAUGAAACAGAUGAAGAAGACGAAGAUGAAACAGCUGAAGAAGACGAAGAUGAAACAGAUGAAAAAGAUGAAGAUCAAGUCAAUUCCAUGCUAGUUCGUCUACUUUUGAAGAUAAUUCCGGUUUCACUGGAGGUUAUGCAAAUAUGUUCUACAAUGUUGGAAGCUUCAAAGUCGGCAGAACUUGGAUGCUUCAUUAAGAAGCUCCUAGAAGCAUCUCCAGACAUUCUUAGAGAACAUCUGAUUCACCUACAACAGCACAUGGUUAAUGCUAUACCUCGUAGCACUUCAGCAUUCAGCAUUCAUGUCAUGAUAGAGUUCCUAUUGCUUUUUCUUACAGAUAUGCCGCAGGACUUUAUUCAUUACGAAAAAUUAUUUGUUCUAUUGGCACGUGUUGGAGCACUUAUCAGGGAGGUGUCAAUUCUCAUUCGCAACUUAGAAGAGAACUCAACGGAUGAAGAGAAUAUGAACAAAAUAAGUUGUGCAAGUCGAGACUUGCUGGAAAAUAUUGAACUUCUGAAGGAAGAUCUCAAGAAUGUUUUCUUGAAAGUCCCUGCAGACUCAUCUCAGCUCUGCUUCCCCAUGAGUGAUGGACCGCUCUUCAUGACUCUUCUACUCAGAAACUUAAAUGACUUGCUCAAUUCCAAUGCUUAUUCAGUGGCUUUGAUAAAAGAUGAAAUUGGUUGGGUGAAAGAAGACUUAGAACACAUAAGAUCGUUCUUCGGGAAUGUGGAGCAAGAAUUGCAUAGAGAUCUUUGGACUAGUAUUCUAGAUGUGGCUUAUAAGACGGAACAUGCCAUUAACUCAAUUCUUGCCAGAGAUCAUGGUCUCUUGCAGCUUAUUUUCUUACUUCCUGAUGCCAUAGAGAAGAUCAAGCUUGUCAAAAAAGAGGUACAAGAAAAGAUCUCCAAGAACACGAGUAUCAUUUUUGCAAACUCUCCCAACAAGCCAGUUAUAAACAAGUCGUCAAUAGCUGGUAAAAUAAUUGUAGGUUUUGAGGAGGAGACAGAGUGGAUAAUCAGGAAGCUCACCAGCGGACCAGCUGAGGUAGAUGUCAUUUCCAUAGUCGGCAUGCCAGGGCUUGGAAAAACUACUUUGGCUUACAAAGUAUAUAAUGAAAAGUCUGUUGUUGGUCAUUUCGACAUUCUUGCUUGGUGCACAGUCGACCAGGAGCGUAAUGAGAAAAAGUUGUUGCAGAAAAUUUUCAAUCAAGUUAUGGGUUUGAAAGAAAGAUUCAAUGAGGAUGACAUAGACGAUGACGUUGCUGAUAAGUUACGGAAAGAACUGUUUGGAAAGAGGUACCUUGUUGUCUUGGAUGACAUGUGGGAUACUGCAACAUGGGAUGAGCUAACAAGACCAUUGUACGCCAUUCCAUCUGAAUUUCAGAAAGGGAGCAGAGUUAUUUUAACAAGCCGAAAAAAGGAAGUAGCUUUGCAUGGAAAAUGCCACAGUGAUCCUCUUGAUCUUCGAUUGCUAAGACCUGAAGAAAGUUGGGCGUUAUUAGAGAAAAGGGUAUUCGGAGAAGAAAGUUGCCCUGAUGAACUAAGAGAUGUUGGAGAAAAAAUAUCCCAAAAGUGUGAUGGGCUUCCUUUGGUACUUGAUUUGAUCAGUGGAGUCAUGUCAAGGAAGGAAAAGAAAGAGGUUUUGUGGCUUGAAAUUCUUAAUAAUUUGAGUUCCUUUAUUUUUAAGGAUGAAGAGGAAGUUAUGAAGGUCAUACAAUUAAGUUAUGACCAUUUAUCAGAUCAUCUAAAGCCGUGCUUUCUGUACCUUGCAAGUUAUCCAAAGGACGAAGAUAUUGAGUUCUCUCAGUUGAAAGAUUUAUGGAGUAGUCAGGGACUUGUGGAACAAACUGAUUUGAAGAGUGUGGAAGAAGUAACGGAGGUUUUUGUGGAUGAGUUAAUUGCUAGUAGCUUGAUCGAAGACUAUCUGUACCAGAAAGAUCUUCACGAACCCUUGACCGAGGUGCAGCCAGAGUCCAUGAAGGAGGAGAAGUGGAACCUCAAGGAUCGACAGGAUCUAGGGCUGAUCCACUUGACUUUGUCAAAAAAUGUGGAGUUCAACAUCGUCAAGGAGAAAAUCACGUUCGAUCUGUUGAAGGCACUAUCAAAUAUGUACGAAAAACCAUCUACAAUGAACAAGGGGAGAGACCAAUUGAGGGGUCGGAAUAUACAUGACAGAUCAAAAUCUAAGAAUCAUGGAAAAUCUCCACAAAAAUCCAACGUGACAUGUUGGAAUUAUGGAGAGAAAGGACACUUUCAGAUAGAGUACGAGAAACCCAAGAAAAAGAAGAAUCAGAAAUCUGGAGAUGAUAAUGAUUCUGUUAAUUCAGUAGAAGAUAUUGGGGAUGCUCUAAUCCUUAGUGUAGACAGCCCAGCUGAAUCCUGGAUAUUGGAUUCUGGUGCAGCUUUUCAUUCAUCUCCAAGCAAGGAAUUGUUCCAAAAUUUCAAGUCUGGAAAUUUUGAAAAGGUGUAUCUUGCUGAUAAAAAGUCGUUGGCGAUUGAAGGAAAGGGGAAUGUCUGUAUAAAAUCUCCAGUAGGAAAUCAGUGGACAUUGGAAGAUGUCAGAUAUAUUCCUGGUCUCAAGAAGAAUAUGAUCUCUGUUGGUCAGUUAGAUAGCAUAGGAUGCACAGUAGAGUUUGGGAAAAGUUUAAGGAAGAUUGUGAAGGGUGCUAUGGUUGUAGCAUGUGGCAUAAAUCUGGAACUUUGUACACCACUGCAGGGUGUAUAA